UUAAGUUGUUCCGUAAACAAUCCAAAAUUGUCCGUUCGGACAGGAACUCCAGACUAUCAGAAACUGUUUGCUUGUCACAUAACGUUAGUUUCGGAACGCGGUUCAGCCGAUGUGAACUGUUCAUCGUUAUAAUACUAUUUAUUCAGGAGUUUUUUCUUUUAAAAUAAACAAGGUAAUAUUUAAUUGUAAAAUAUGAUUCUGAACCGGGUACGAGAAAUCACGGGGCCAACACCGCAUUCAGUUGCCGUGAGAGCGAAGUUCCCAUCAUCGAAACCCGUUGACCACAUUGUCCUGGAAAGAAGAAAGAAGGAAGAAACGUAUGAAAAGCUGCAGGAUUUCACCCGGUAUCAGAAGACCUGCGACCUGAAGUCUACCUGGGAGAAGACCACGGGGCGCCGCAUCGUGCAGGGCACCAUCCGGAGGCGGGUACAGGAGGCUCUUGACCAACAUCGAAUGGGCAUUGAUGAUCGGAGAGAGAGACUGAGAAACAUGCUGGAAGUGGAGGAGAGAGAUCUUCUACAGGAGAUGGAGGAUAAGAAGGAGACAGCAUGGGAGAAACAGGAAAAGAUGAGCCAGAGAGCAAAGGAAUUGAAGGAGAGGAGGGAGAGUGACAGGCAGAGGGUGGUGAGCGAGAAACUGGAUCAGCUUUUCAGGGAGCAGUGCGAGGAGCUGCGGGAGGUGCAGACGCAGCGUCUGCGCGAGGCCGUCUGCGCGGAGCGGGCCUAUCAGCUGCGCAGCCGGGACGAGGAGCGGCAGCAGCUGCAGGAGGAGGAGCGCCUGUAUGCGCAGCUCUGGGAGCAGGACCGGCUGGCCAAGCAGGAGCGGGAGGAGAAGGAGGCGGAGCUACGCAAGCACGGCGACCGCCAGCAGCAGGACUUCCUGCGCAUGCAGAUCGAGGCCAGGGAGAAGCAGAGGGUUCUGAACCGCCAGCUCAAGGAGGAAGAAGCCCAGCUGCUGCACGAGCAGCAGGAAGUGAUGCGUCUGGAGGAGCAGAGGGAGCGCAGGAAGAAGGUGCAGAGCCAGCAGCAGACCAGCAGGCAGCUGGAUCUGUCUCUCAGGCAAAAGAUGCGGCGUCUGGCUCGGGAGCAGCAGGAGGAGCUGGCCCUGGACAUGAGCAUCAUGAACCAGCUGACCGAGGAGAAGGACGAGGGCCAGGACCACCAGGAGAGGAAGCGGCAGCUCCGGGACGAGCAGCAGCGGUACCGGCAGUACCUGGCCGAGCAGAUGGAGGAGCAGAAGCAGCAGGAGGCGGAGGCGGAGCGGCUGUUCGAGGAGGAGCUCCAGCAGAACUGGGCCCGGCGGGCGGAGCAGUUCCGCCGCGAGCGCGAGGCCCGGGACCGCCUCAUGAGGGAGGUGAUGGACACCCGGCGCGCACAGAUACAGGAGAAACUGGAUCAGAACAUCGUGAAGCAGGCCGAACUUGCCAGAGAGAAAGAGGAGCUGCAUAGAAUCAUCGAAGAGAGUAAAGAGCUAGAGAAAGAGGAGAAAGACAGUGUGAAGAGAGCCUGCCAGAAGCACCAGGCGGACCUGCUGUCCCAGAUCCUGUUCCGGCAGCGGCAGAGGGACACAGAGCGGGCCGAGGAGGAGCAGGAGCGGCAGCAGGGCAUGGCCUUCCAGGAGCAGUACCGGAAUAAACUCCAGGCGGUGCUGAACCAGGCCAAGUCCAGCACCGAGCUGGUGCACCCCUUCAGGAGGCUGAAGGCCACUCCCUCCUGCUACGGGGAGUGACACGGAGGCACAGACUCACUCGCCCGCCCACACACAGAUACACACACACACGCACACACACACAUGCAGAUGUGCACAUAAACGCACAUACACACACACAUGCACGCACAUACACACACACACGCACCAUUGAUGUGAUUCCAGGGAUGUGAUUUUUGUUUCCGGCUUUUUCUGAAUGUCUCCGUCAGAGGCCGAGGGCUUGGGUAUGGCAUAAGCACAGAAGCACUCAAAGAGCCCCACAGACAUUUGGAGUCUGAAAAUCAGUAUAUCCUGGUCAAUCAGGAAAAAUCACAUCCCUGAAUUAACAGAAGAAAUCUGACAUCAUUAGAUCCAGAUUUCCCAGUAAGAAGGCAUUGCAAAGGCAUUCAUUAGUAGUGAGAUAAUUAUUCUGAUACAGCAUUCCGAUACAGGAAAGGAAAUAGUUAUUUCCUUGUGAUAUGUUGCAUUUUAUAUGCUGCAAAUAUAUUUGUCUUCUGUAGCCAUAAAUAAGUUAUUUUCAAAGUGCACCACAAUCUGUUGGAAGCAUUGAAUAUUGUUGUUUUAUCAAUUUUGACUUUUUCACUAUCAAUAAAUGUGUUCCUUAAUA